UUAUCUUGUGGCCACAAUAAUGGUAAAAAUUUAUACAUCGGCAUUGAACACUGCUUACACAAAUGUAUUUUUAAAAGAAUAUACGGUGAAGAAUAUGGAUAUGUAAACGCUAAACAAUAGCGACUGUAUCUCAUGCGACUUUUGUACGAAGAAUAUCUACUUAUAUACAUAUUGAUCCGUGAGAAAAUAACAUCUGUCGACUUCGGUGUAAAACAAAAUUACUUAAUAGCUUAAUAGUUUAAUAGAUUCUAUCAUAAGAAAAUUUUUAAGUUGGAAUGUUAUACCUAAUAUUUGUAUUUUAUAUCAUAUUAUGCGUGUAUGGUGUGUGAUUAAAGUCGGAAUUUUAUUCUAAAAUUUAUUCUAUAAGAUAUAAAGUGUGCAUGUUAAAUGAUAGAUCAAUAUAACUAAAGAAAGGAAGGGUAAGUGGACAUUCGAGCUUUCUACAAUCCGACGUGAUCACUUAUAGCUAGAUAUGUGUUGUAUAAAGCUUCCAAGCCUACGUGUCAAUCGGAUUCUCUUGCUUGUCGUAGGUUUGUGGCCUUAUAAACAAGACAAAUUCGUUCGAUUGCAAUUAAUAUUGUUCUAUGUUAUUAUGAUGAGUUUUGUUAUAUUUCAGUUUACAACACUUCUAACUUUAAAACGUACUUCACAAAUUAUCAUAGAAGUUCUCUCCACUACAUUUUUCUUCAUUGCUUGUAUGAUAAAAUACAGCUCGUUUUGUUUUAAUAUAAACGCUAUAAAGCAUUUAUUGGACCUACUUCAACAUACCUAUGAUGAACUAAGAGACGAAGGCGAAGUCGCCAUCAUAGAAAAAUAUUGGAAUCUUGCAAAACGUUAUACUAAAGUUCUUUUAAUUACCGCUAUCUGCGCUCUAUCUCUUGGCAUUUUUAUAUCGUUACUCCCAUUGAUCUUCAACAUUGCAUUAUAUACAAAUACGUCUCAGUUAUAUAUCUCGCUAUUUAUUGUAAAAGAAUAUCUUGUUGACCAAGAAAACUAUAUUUUUCUAAUUAUACUACACACAAAUGUAGCUGGUUUUAUGUUAGUAAUUGCAAUGCUAGCAACAGGUACAAUGACUAUUAUGUAUCUUCUACACGCUUGCGGAAUGUUUAGAGUUGCCAGUUAUCGUGUACAACAAGCCAUGACUAGCAUUAAUCGGGAAACAAGUACUAAGAAAAAUGAGAAGUGUGUUUAUGUAGGGAUAAUUUGUGCAAUAGAUAUGCAUCGUAAAGCUAUAAGGUUUGUGACAAUGUUAAUGUCUGUACUUAACAUAUAUUAUUUCCUUCUUAUCGCGGCUUUGGUGAUUUCUGCGAGUCUCAAUCUUUUUCGAAUCUUUGAAAAUGUAUCUUCUAGACUUGAUAUUUACGAACUGAUAAUACCUUUUGUAUUUUUAUUUACUCUAUUUAUAUAUAUGUUUGUGGCCAACAAAUUAUCGCAACAAAUCAUAGAUCAUAAUAAUCACGUGUUUACUACUGUGUACAAUGUCGAGUGGCAUGUAGCUUCCUUACGUAUACAAAAACUAAUACUUUUCUUGUUGCAAAGAGGCACCAAAUCUUAUAACAUUGUUGUUGGUGGAUUAUUUGUAGCAUCUCUUGAAGGAUUCGCUAAGCUGACGAGUGCAUCGAUAUCUUACUUUACUGUCAUAUAUUCUGUAAAAAAAUGAUGUAGAUAAUCUAUAGUAAUAAUGUGUAUUAAUAUGUAUAGAGUGCAAUAGAUAAUAAAAUGAAUGGAGUGUAAUAGAUAAAAGUACAUUGCAUAUUAUACAUUUAUAAUUAUGUAAAUAACACGCAAGUAUAAUGCUAUUGAAAUAAAUAAUAUGCGGUAAU